AGACGUUCGCAGUUGAUGGGCGGAAAAGCGGUAGUGUGUUACUGUACUUGCAGAUAAAGCUCAAACCAAAACCGGUUCGUCUUAUCUGGAGGCUUUAACCAGAGCACAAAGCGAAGCCCUCGGUUCGUCUCCAGCGGUAAUGGCGGUUCCCGCGGGUCAGACGGAUGUCCAGAUGGACAGAGGCGCCCUGAGCGACCAGACAGUCCCCUCUGAGGACAACAUUGACAUCGACGAGAAAGAGUUGGAAAACAUCACAAAGAAACAGCGAGAAGGCGACACAAUGACGCUGCCUCUUCACUCGCCCUGGACCUUUUGGCUCGACAGGUCAUUACCAGGGACGACAGCUGCGGAGUGUGAAUCCAACCUAAAGAAGAUCUACACUGUGCAAACUGUUCAGAUGUUUUGGAGUGUGUAUAACAACAUCCCUCCUGUCACCGCCCUGCCUUUGAGAUGUAGCUACCACUUAAUGCGUGGUGAAAGGAGGCCACUAUGGGAGGAAGAAAGCAACGCAAAAGGAGGGGUAUGGAAAAUGAAAAUCCCAAAAGAAAACAGUUCUACAGUUUGGAAAGAGUUGUUACUUGCUACUAUCGGGGAACAGUUUGCAGAUUACUGCACAUCAGAUGAUGAGAUUGUCGGCGUCAGUGUUAGUGUUCGAGAUCGGGAGGAUGUUGUACAAAUAUGGAACAGAGAUGCAACGCUUGCCGACAAAGCGAGUAUUUUGGGGAAAGUCUAUGAGCUGCUCCCAUAUAUAUCAUUUAAAGCAGUUUUUUAUAAGCCUCAUAUGGAUCAUCAUGCCUUUGAGGGAGGACGUUCAAGACAUUAGAUUGUGAAGCACUUUAAAUAAAAAACAAAACCCAGAACUCUGCACCUGCCUUCACGGAAGGCAAUGUCCACAACUUAGUUAAGGAUAGUAUUUUUUUUUUUUGCUUUCAAUGACGAGAGGUUAUCAAUAUAUUUUUAUAUCUUUUAAUGAUUGCUGCCUUGUUUUAAUCAUAAUAUGGGUCCUGAAGCUCUGAAGGGUUCAGAGAUUGUAAACUGUGUAAAUCUCAUCCAUAAUGCAUUAAGUAGUGAGGGUGGCGAUUUCCUGUUCUGCUAGAAGUGUACUGGGACCACUCGUCAUUCCUGGUGCAGACUACAAGUCACAUUCAAUAUCUUAGAAUAUUGCUGAAAAUUUUAACUUGUUGAAUAUGACUAUUAGCUGCACCAAUUAGUAUGUUUUUAACUGCGAUUUGCUGCUUUCCCAUCAUGAUCCAUUCAGCUUUUUCAGUGCCAAAGCGCUCUUCUGCUGUUUUUAAGAUGUUUUUGUUGUUCCAAGUAUUUUGUUUUUUGUCUGUUUUGGGUUUUAUCGUCACAGAUGGAGUGAAUGUAAUAUUUUCUUUCUUAAACAGUGUGAACUUUAAACUGGAAAAUGUUGCACAUGUUCGUCCACCCAUCGUAAAGCCAUCGUAAAGGAUCAAAGAGAAGUCCAGCAUGGAUGUGGCCAUAAUUAUUUUUAAACGUUAUUUUUAUGGGCGAAAAAAAAAAGUGCUGUAAAAGUAUCAGGGAAUGUUUUAAUAUUAGUUUUUCCUCAAGCUUCAGGAUUCAAUAUUCUUUUUAAUUGAGCUCCGAAGUGAAGUUACUGAUUGUUAGAUAAUGAGAUAAUGCCACACAUUUUUCUCCCUUCGCACCUGCCGCUACAUGUUUCCACUGACAGUAAAUCUUCUAGUUUUCUUUCUGCCUUCUAGGUCAGUGAUUAUGUGUAGGUCAUACUGUUCUCAUGUUCUAGUGGUUUGAAGAUGGAUUAUGCUUUAUGAAGGUUGAGUGAGUACCUGAGUUUUUAUGUAGACUGCUGCUUAGAGGGAUAAAAAGAAAACUAGAUCGGCUCUCAUCCAUGCAAUAUGCAUCUUUUAACAACAACUUCAAGUUGUUUUUGAUUAAGUAUACAUUUAAGUUAUCUUGCAUGUUUUGUCACAUCACCUUUGUAGUUAAUCUCAUGUCAGGUUGAUAGUUUUAAAAAGGAUCUUUGUUUCCCUCUGUGAAGUCUUUUUGCAGUGACAUGGACAGAUCAAAUAAAACGGAGCUGAAAAAUA